AUGGCUGCGGGUUUAGCUAUACCCGCUAUUUUAGGUGCUGCAACAAAAAUAUUACCGGGUAUUUUUGGUAAAAAAAAAAAAUCAAGUGACCAACAAUUAUGGCGGUGGCAGACAACAAAAACAACAACAAUACUAUCGUCCACCACGACAAUAUUAUCGUCCCGCACUGCAAUAUUAUCCACAACCACAACCUUAUUUUCGACCGCAACCACGUCAACAAUACUACCCACCACCUCAACCAACACGGACAAAACAGACAUCGCAAAAAAAAACAAAAAGGAGGACGUGUUAGCAAACGAACAAAACGAUGGUAUUAUUAAAAUGUAAUUUAUGAAAAAUAAAAAUUAUAAAUUUGUAUCAUUUGUGUUUUUAUUCAUCAUUCGCAUCUUAAGUCUCACAGAGUACACAUACAAUGAAGCGUGCACACGAACCCGAAGAUGAACCCAUUGAAGUUCACGAUAGUGGGUUUAUGUCACCUAUGGUGAUGUUUCCCACAUUUCCACAUAAUGACACAUUUGUGGAUAGUCGUAAAAUUAAAUUAAUUGCGGGACCUGUUGCAAAUCCCGAUGCUGAAGAAUAUACAUUUGUUCAUGCACCUAACAAUUAUGGUGUCAUGGAUCUUCAAAAUGCUAAAAUUAAAGCUACAAUUGCAUUAACAGCAGCAGAUAAUUGCUGA